AUGGGUUUGUAUGGAAAGGAUUUACCCGAGUCUGUUUGUACUGAAAGGAAAAGAUACAUAGAUUGCCAAAAGGAAAGUGAAGAUAAAUCAAAAAAACAACUUGAAAAUACAAGAAACAAUGUUGAGCAAGAAGAACAGCAAUACAAGGAAACAGAAGAAGAAACUACGAAUACAGAAAAAAAAGAGAGUGAUUCUAAAGAAUUGGGAACUAAUAAAGACGAAGACUGUGAAGAUCUUUUGGAUAUUUCCGUAAUUCUUGACGCAGGUGAAGAUAAUGCUUCGGCGCUAUCUAAUGAAAAAUCCGAUGACAAUGACGAUGAGAAACAAGAAAACGAUGUGGAUGAAAUACAUGCAGAUCAAGAAGAUACUAUAGUUUCAAGUGAUAAAGAUAAAAAUAUGGACUUUGAUGAUGGUAAUACCAAUUCAUCAGAUCAGUAUACAUGUACUGCUGAUAUGGAUGUUUGUGUAAAAAUUUGCCUGAUAACUUUGGUAAACAUGGCAACAAAUAUCAAGUAA